CAAGUGCGCUGACGUCACAAGCCGGGGUUGCCCUCAGUCGAGUGUGAAACGUGAACUGGGAGUGAUCAUUCUGGGAGGGACACGUUGUUGACAAUUUUUAGGGUGAGAACAUGUCGUGGUUCCCUGAGCGGAGGAACCGGUCAUGGUUGCAGAGAGUGUGUGCAUCUGUGUUAAAGGCAGGUCCAGUACCCAAACACAUCGGUAUUAUUAUGGAUGGUAACCGGCGUUUUGCUGUCAAGAACAGCAUGGAGAAGGCUGAGGGACAUUUGAAGGGAUUUGACAAACUUGCUGAGACGCUGGAUUGGUGUUUAGACCUGGGCAUCUGUGAAGUGACAGUGUAUGCCUUCAGCAUUGAGAACUUCAAACGGUCCAAGGAGGAGGUGGACUGUCUCAUGGAGCUGGCCAGGAAAAGUUUGCCCGACUGCUCGAGGAGAAGGAGCUCAUCGAGAAGCAUGGUGUGUGUAUACGAGUCUUGGGGAACCUCGUCCUGCUGCCAACUGAUGUUCAGAAGACUAUUGCAGAGGCAGUGGAGCUGACGUAAACACAACAAUAG